CUUCGUUUGGAGAAAGAACCACUGAAUUAGUUCUUUCUUCUGAAUAACCAAUCAUGAGCUUGCCUCAGCUGCAGCCAUAGCCAAUCAGAGGAAAGGAAUCAUCUUCCCUUCAUCACCACAACAAACCGAGGAAAGAUGCCUCCCAAGAAGGAUACCAAGGGAAAGCAGCCCUCAAAACAACCAGCCAAAAAGAAGGAGGGAGGAGGAGGUGGAAAGGCUAAGAAGAAGAAGUGGUCAAAGGGAAAAGUGCGUGACAAGUUGAAUAACUUGGUGUUGUUUGACAAAGGCACUUAUGAUAAAUUCCUGAAGGAAGUCCCAAUAUACAAGUUGAUCACCCCUUCAGUAGUUUCUGAAAGACUCAAGAUCACCGGAUCUUUAGCAAAGCGAGCUCUUGAAGAAUUACAUAGUAAAGGCCUCAUCAGACAAGUUGUAAAGCAUCAUGCACAGGUUGUCUACACAAGGACUACUAAGAGUGAGGACUAAAUAAACUUUAGUAAGAAA